CUGAGGAAGGCGAGGUCGCCGAAACGUCAGCCAUCGACCAACAACAACGACAAUGACAACGAAGACCCGUACCAACCUCAGCGAAUUCUCUCCCAUCUUUCUUAUCUUCGGAUAAACAUUGACGAAAUAGAUUCACGUUCCCACUUUGGAUUUAUUCUUUUCAGUUGCAUAAAGUUCAAUCUCGAAUACCAGUUCCCAUGUUUAGAAAAUAUUUCACUGUCUUUGAAAGCUCCAAUUCGAAUACCAGCGAAAAGUUUCACUAUGACAUCUAUUCAAUUUCGUCACAAACGUGUUGUUCUUUUGCAAAUGACGCCUAACACGGUUCCUCUUUGGAAUCAACAUCGCCUCGUCAUUCGACUACAUAUUCAAUUGAACACUCAAGGAAAAUUUUCGACACGAUUGCUCGGAUAUUGUGUGGUUCCUCUAUCUGAACUCCUUAUUCCUCCAUUUAUGAUCUGUCGUGAUUUCAAUUUUAUCCCUACUAAGAGGAUGAAAUUUGAAGGUUCUUCACUUAUUCGCAUUGAUCUUGGAAGUCGGGAAAAAAAGUUAAUGGAGAAGCUGAACGAAAUGAGAGAUCCUUUGUUGGAGUCAACACAUGUAGUUGAUGCAAAUGGGAUUGCUGCGAAGGACAAGACUGUGCCAUUUCGUGAAAGGGCUUCUUCAAACCUUACCGAUCUUUCUGACUCGGUUUUCGAUGAUCAUGGUUCAGUCUGUGAAUUCCGUCCAGCAGUGCGAUCUGAUACAUCAUCAAGUGUAAGAGAGAGAGAGCGAGCAAGUCCGGCGAGCAAAUGCUUGAUACAGCUUACUGUCCACGAAGGCAGAGGUCUUCCUCUUGUUCAAGAUGAGAGAAAUCGCUAUGUGUCGCCAAAUUCAUUCAUCUCUGUGUUGGGAAGAGAUGGGGAACUCCGUUCUACAGUUUGUGAGCGAUCUCGUCGUCCGCUUUGGAACUGGACAGCACGCUUUCAUAUUUGUGGAGAGCGACGCAAUGUAAUAGUGAAAGUAUUCCAUCACGACAUCAAUGGUGACAAGACCCUAGGAUUCGUGUCGAUACCUCUUCCUAUUGAAGACGCACACCGAGUUGAUUAUGAGAUGGUGGAUCUUACUGGGACAGCUAACAUAAAUGGGGAAGUGCCAAUUAUAACGGUAGAUUUUUUCGUAUUUCACAUUUUUAACUUCAAUUUCACUGAGUAA